AUGGCUAAAGGCAAAGAGAAGGAUGGGGAGGAGGAUCUUGGAUUUGCCUUAAAAGAACUCAAGAUCACAAGGAGGCACAAAUCCGUUGAUAUCCCGCAAGAGAGUCCCAACGUGGACGUAAUAGAGACUAAUAACAAUAUCCCUGAACUUAGUAAUGAUACUACGUCAGAUAAGGAGACUGGUGAACCAACAAGCACAGAGCUACGACGCACUGAGACUGUCGAACAGUCUGUUAAAGACGAAGGAGUUGAGUCAGGUGCGGAAUCCGACAGCUCACUCGAAUGGCAGCCUGUAACCACAAUAGCCUCUUAUGAUAUAUAUGAUGAAUCUGGAAAUCUUGUUUUGGAGGGUAUGACGAAACCCCCAAACUCUGUAUCCGUAAAUGAACAAAACCAACCACCACAGACACCGAAUAGUACAUUUGGAUAUACCAAGGUUGAUGGCGAAGAGCAGGCCCAAAGGUCUUUUAUGACUAAUAAACGUACAGACUUUUUGUUUAAUCAUAAGAAAUUAGGAGGAUCCAAUGUUUCACUUCCUCGUUCGGAGACCAAGAGCACUGCAAGCACUGAUCUCAAACUUCUUUCUGACGACGACGAAGAGGAUGACGAAGAAGAGGCAAUUCACACAAAGGAUAUCACAACUUCAGAGCAAUUAUCCGUAACCAAAGAACUAUUGAAUGAAAAGGAAAAAUUUGCAUAUGUUGCUUCCGUUACUGUUCUCAUUAAUGAUAUGUGUACUUGGCUUGUUUCUAUAGCCUUAUCAUCCAAUAAUGUUACGUCUAAAAAGAAGUUAGCUAAGAGAUUACAAGUAUUACAAAAGAAUAUGGGUCAUUGGAAAUCAUUGAUAUUGAAUAGGUUAUACACACAUUUAGAUGUUGAUCCAGAAGAAAUCAAAAUGCUCUCAAGACUAUCUAAUGACGGAAUUGAACUUUCUGAUUUAUGCAAGUGUUUGAAGGUCGUUCAGCGCAUUCAAAAUCCCUUACCCAAGGCGGAAGAAGUUCCAGAGCUCAAAACUGAAUCACAGUCUGAUAAGGGUAUUAUGAAUUCUGAGAAUUUAGAUAUUGACGUGGCUUGGACUAUUAUUUGUGAUCUUUUCCUAUUGUUAGUACAGGAUUCCCAUUAUGAUGCUAGAUCAAGAAGUUUACUAAUAAGAUUUGGCGAACUUUUGAACAUAGAACCUAUAGAGAUUUGUCAAUUUGAGAAAAGGAUAAUCGAUGCUCUUGAACUAGAGCAGUGCACAGAGGAUCAAGUUUGGGACGAAAAAACUCAUAUGGAUAAAAGAAGGAAAGCUGUCAAACGUAAAAAAAUGUGCUAUAUUGGAUUGGCAACCCUAGGAGGAUCAUUAGUUUUAGGUUUGAGUGGUGGUUUGUUAGCUCCUGUCAUUGGUGCGGGUUUUGCAGCAGGGCUAUCUACCAUUGGUAUCACAGGUGCAGCAGGAUUUCUUACUGGGGCAGGAGGGACAACUGUUGUUGCGGUGUCAAGUACUGCUAUUGGUGCUAAAAUCGGUACUUCUGCCAUGCAAAGAAGAAUGGGAAGUGUGAGGACAUUUGAAUUUAGACCUUUACACAACAAUCGUCGUUUAAAUUUAAUCAUAUCUGUAUCAGGCUGGAUGAACGGUAACGAAGAUGAUGUCAGAUUACCUUUUAGUACCGUAGACCCCAUUAAUGGGGACUUGUACUCAUUAUACUGGGAGCCAGACAUGCUUCGUUCAACAGGUCAAACAAUGAGUAUUUUAGCAAGUGAGAUUGUUACACAAACAAUCCAACAAAUUUUGGGUGCUACAGUUUUGACAGCUUUAAUGGCUGCUAUAACUCUACCCAAUAUGCUUUCUAAAUUAGGAUACCUAAUUGACAAUCCAUGGAACGUUUCUCUCGAUAGAGCAUGGGCUGCUGGGCUGGUUCUUGCAGAUACCCUAAUGGCAAAAAACCUAGGUGAUAGACCAAUAACCUUGGUUGGCUUUUCAUUAGGUUCUCGUGUUAUCUACUCCUGUUUAGUUGAAUUGGCUAAACAUGGCGCUAUAGGAAUUGUAGAAAAUGUUUACCUCUUUGGAUCUCCUGUAGUGUAUAAAAGAGAUGAAAUGAUUCUAGCUCGUUCAGUUGUUAGUGGGCGUUUUAUCAAUGGAUAUUCUAACAGGGAUUGGAUUUUAGGGUAUCUUUUCAGAGCUACUGGUGGAGGAUUAAGUACUGUUGCAGGUAUAUCACCUAUCAAAAAUAUCCCGGACAUUGAAAAUGUUGAUUGCAGCGAAUUUGUUGAUGGACAUAUGAGUUAUAGAAAAAUGAUGCCAAAAAUUCUAAAAUCUGUCGGAAUAUCUGUGUUAAGUGAAGAGUUCGUGGAAAUCGAUGAUCCUAUCGAUCCAGAACAGGUUGCCAGAGAGAGAAAAUUAGUGGCAGAGCUUGAAUCUGCACAGGAAAAACUUUCUGACCAAUCCAACUCUAAGAAGAAGAAGCACAAAUGGUAUUCCAGAAGUUCAUGGUUCAAGCCACCCAAGAACGAAUGGCAGCAAAUGUAUGAGCAAACAUUGAAGGAUAAAACUACAGAGUCAUCAGAAGUGGGAGUAAAUGCUGAAGCUAAGUUUAACUCGUCUAAUGAAGAGCCAAUUAAUGACAAUGACAAUGACAAUGACAAUGACAAUGACAAUGACAAAUUGGAAAAAGAAUCAUCAGAAUCGGCAGAAAUACCCCAGAAAAAUAGAGAUCAUUCUCCAAAUGAAAAUAUUAAUGUAUGA